AUGCCUCCAGCAUCCAGUUCAGUACACAAGCCCAGAAAGCGAGCUGCCGUUUCAAAGAAACCACGAAAGAAUGAACGACGAAAGCUCGAACUCAUCAACAAACUCGCAGACACCAACUCGUUCGAGAUCGAAAAUCGAGUUAUGCAUGCCAAAGAUAAUUACCGGAAACUCCAUGACCUUUUCUAUUCAGCAGAAAAGUCGCGCGACGCUAUAAAGUUAUCGUAUGAAGAUGCUAAAAGGGCACUGGAAGGUGCUAGGAAGGAACUUGGAGAUGCUGAGCAGACGCUCAAUCACGCCAGGGAGAACAGAGAUGAAGCGUGGCAGUCCUUGGCUCUGGCCAAUAAGAUGAAAGAUGCUUGCAAAGCUGUAAAGGGCAGGAACCAAGCCAAACGGGCGCUCAGCAAGGCCGAAAUCAGUUCUUUGGAACAAGAUAAUUUGGCGAUGUCCCUCGUCGACCAGAUUGAGCAGAGUGAAUUGGACUCGUUUUUUGGAGACAAAGCACAGCUGGAUGGCGAUCAGUAA